UCAAGGAUACCAAGAGUUAAGUCGACUUACGCCAAAAUGUACGUAUGGGAUCGGGACAAGAUUAUUUGGUCGAAUGUCUACUCGCAGCUCGAAUAGACAAACUGCUCAUCUCUAGUGCAAGAAGUAGCUCGAAUAUCUGCAUGAUCUGGUGCUGAAUCCUGUGAUUUGUAACAGACGAUGUCUUAAAAAUGCUGAAGAUAGAGAAAGUUAUUCAGUUGAAGACCAAGCAAGGGAAACCAUUGCGAGUAGUGCGUGAACAAUAUCUGAGAGAUGAUGUACCAUGCAACAGUGAAUUGUGUCCAAAGAGCUGUUCAAUGUCUGAAAGGUGUGUUGGUAGAAAUGUAUCUCACUAUGUGAUUCCUGAUGGAGGAACUGCUCGAGACUACCUGGAUAUCCUGGAGCUAGAAGAAUUCAGAGGUCUCAUAGUCCUUCAAACAGUCCUGCAUUUUGUGCAGCAUAAUGGAAGCAGACGUCUACUUAACCGACUUAAAGGCAAAGUGAAAGACAAGAAACAAGGCUGUGCCUUCUUUGCUGAUGAAUUCUGUAGAGGGGCUUUCUCUCCAAGACAGCAUGGAGAGAGUGAAGAAGAGUGGCAAACUAGAUUGGUGUAUGCUUCAGCAGUCUGGUAUUAUAAUCAUUUAGAAGAAAGGAUUGCCAUCGUUGUGCUGACUGAUAAUCAACAGGCGAUUGAGAGGUAUGGGAAUCAGACCAUGAAUGUACAUGUCUGUGCAGUGGGGAACUAUCUAUCCUUGUUCUGGCCAGACCUUACUCAAGCUCAGGACAUUCUGGAAUCAGUGAAAGCAUCUCUUGCAGCAGCUGAAGAAGAAGAAGAAGAUGGAAGUAAAGAGUAUAGAGACCACCUAACAAGUGAUGAUUUGGGUUCUGGAAUCAAGACGGGAAGAUACAUGGAUGGGAUGCUACGGGUUAACAAACAUCAUGCUCAAGAAGAGGCUUACUUACAGAGAAAAGGUUCGGGCCUUGGAUCAAAAGAUACUGAGUUAGAAUGUGACAUUUUGAUAUCCGGAACUAAAAACAGAAAUCGAGCAGUGCAUGGAGACAUAGUGGUGGUUGAAUUGCUUCCAAAGGCUCAAUGGACUGGCAAGAAACUGGUCUUAAAAUCUGGAGAUGAUAGAGAGGCGGAGGACGUGAGCGAUGCGGUUCCAUGUGGUAGAGUGGUUGGUAUCUUAGAGAGAAACUGGAGGGAUUAUGUAGCUACAUUCCCAGAGAAAGAUGAGACAGGAGCAAGUCGAGGAAGUAAGAUUCUCGUCAUCCCAUGGGAUUAUAGAAUCCCUAAGAUAAGGGUUAGUACCAGACAAGCAGAUGCACUCAAUGAUCAAAGGAUUGUUGUUCGACUUGACAACUGGCCUGCAGACUCCCAGUAUCCUAAUGGUCACUAUGUGCGGUCACUCGGUCCUAUUGGUCAACUGGAGACAGAAGUGGCAGCUACCUUGAUUGAAAACAGCUUACCAGUGGGUCCUUUCUCUGAAGGACAGAUUAAAGAAAUGCCUGUUAAUAUGGGACAACCCUGGCUAAUGACUGACGAGGAGAUUGGUAAACGGAAAGACCUGCGCAACUCACACCUUAUCUUCAGUAUUGACCCCAAAGGCUGUGAGGAUGUGGAUGAUACUUUAUCUGUGAGGGAGCUUGGCAAUGGAAACAUAGAGCUUGGUGUGCACAUAGCAGAUGUAUCCUACUUUGUUAAGGAAGGCUCUCUCACAGAUCUUGAAGCAAGAUUAAGAUCAACCACGGUAUAUCUAGCGGACAGACGCUAUGACAUGCUUCCCGAGAUUCUUAGUGCUGAUCUCUGCUCUCUGAUUGGUGGAGUUGAUCGCUAUGCUGUCAGUGUGCUGUGGGAGUUGAAACCAUUCACAUUUGAAGUGAUCAAGGAUAAAGUUUGGUAUGGGAGAACCAUUAUCCGCUCAGCUUACAAGAUGUUCUAUGAGGCUGCUCAAAUGCUGCAUGAUGGGAAGACAUUGUCAGCAGACGACAUCCCUGAACUGAGAGAUGUAGAUGAUAUGACCAAGGAACUAGAGCUGCAGAGGUUGAAGUGGGCCGUGGAUCAGCUGAUGAUGAUUGCUAGGCGGCUCAAGGCACAGCGGGAGGUUGGGGGCGCUGUUCAGCUAGAAGGGACAGAGGUUAAAGUUGAACUCAACGAAGAGCAAGAGAUUGAAAACCUUGUACCAAAGCAGACUAUGGAGAUACAUGAGACCAUAGCUGAAUGCAUGAUCUAUGCCAACCAUUGGGUAGCUAAGAAGAUAGCUCAGUCUUACCCUCAAGCUGCUCUGCUGAGACACCAUCCACUUCCGAGGCAAGAACAGUUCCAGGAUCUGAUAACCAGCGCCAGGUCCAAGGGAUUUCAUGUAGAUACCAGUACAAACAAGAAACUUGCCGAGUCACUUGAUGGAUGUAUAGAUAGAAGAGACCCAGUGUUUAACAAAAUCCUUCGUUCCUUAGCAACCAAGGCCAUGUCUAAUGCUCUCUACUUCUCAACUGGUAGUCUGUCUGUCGAUCAGUUCUUUCACUAUGGUCUGGCAAUGGACAGGUACACCCAUUUUACAUCUCCAAUACGCAGAUAUGCUGAUAUUAUUGUGCAUCGUCUGUUGCUUGCAGCUGUUGAAGAGGAACGAGAAGCAGAAAUUGGGUUACUAAGCAACCAGAAUCUGCAGGAACUCUGUCGACACCUGAACAAGAAACAUAGAGCUGCACAGACUGCCCAGAAAGACUCACAGGAACUGUUUCAGGCCAUGUUUUUUCAGGAUCGAGACGCACAGGAUGAAGCAUGUAUCGUUGAUGCUGUCAUUCAGAACCUGAGGAAUAAUGGCAUCCUGGCUUAUAUUCCAAGGUAUGGUAUUAAGGGAGCAGUUUACCUUCGAGACAAAGCUGGACUAGUUUGCGAUACAUCCAUCCCACAUCAACCGCAAUGGGUACAAGGUUCUCUCUCAAGAUCAGAGUUUGCUAUCACUGUGCAGGGAGGGGGACACGUAUCCACAUACCAACUCUUUGACCACAUCACGGUUGGUAUACGAGUUCAAAGCUCCAGAGCUCACCCACAUUCACUCAGAUUGGAGCUACUAGCAUCAGAGCCUCAUAAUGCUGGCCUGCAGACUGAUGGACUAGGCAGCACACUCAGGACUAACAUUGUACAGGAGGUGAAGUCGCUGAGUGAUGAGAGCCCGUUUUCAUCGAUAACCCUGCAGGACCAAAUCAAAGUCUUAGGAUCCAGCCUUCCUGUACUACACAGACAGUAUGGACAGACUGAUGGAAGCUUCUACACCAUGUUUCAAGACUUCUCUCAUAUGAACUUAAAAGAGAAAGAUUCAUGACAAAAAUAAUAAUUAUAAUAAAACAGUGCUUAUGAAGUGCUUUCCACUUAAGUCUCUAUAAAGCGCUAACAGUAUGGGCAGACUACUUCUAUAUCAUGCAAAUAUACAUAAUGAAGGUAAAGUAGAAAUCUUUCAUUUGUUAAAGAUGAUGAUGAUGAUGUAUACUAUUUUCAGAAUGUCCAAUUGUGGCCUUUACAUGCCAUUUUUGUCUCGCCUGCAUAGCAAAAAGCGAGACAUAGGCGCCGCUUUUCCGGUGAUGGCGACGGCGGCG